AUGGGCAAGCGCGUGGUGUUGAUUGACAACUACGACUCGUUCACGUGGAACCUGUACGAGUACCUGUGCCGCAGCGGCGCUGCCGUGGAGGUACACAGGAAUGACAAGAUCAGCGUGGCGGAGGUAGCCGAGCUGGAACCGGAUGUGGUGGUUAUCUCGCCUGGGCCGGGCCACCCUGCGCGCGACGCAGGCAUUUCGCAGGAGUGUAUACGUCACUUUGCGGGCCGAGUACCGGUUGUGGGGGUGUGUAUGGGGCAGCAGUGCAUUUACGAGGCGUUCGGCGGGCGCGUGGAGAGCGCGGGAGAGAUCGUGCACGGCAAGACGUCGGAGCUGCGUCACGACGGGCGCGGGCUCUUCCAGGGGGUACCCCAGGCCGUGGCAGUGACACGGUACCACUCGCUGGCUGGACUGGCGUCAACGUUGCCGGCGGAGCUGGAGGUGACGGCGCGCACGGAGACAGGCGUGGUUAUGGGCGUGCGGCACCGCAAGUACACCGUGGAGGGUGUGCAGUUCCACCCGGAGUCGAUUCUGACGGACCACGGGCAGCUAAUGGUGCGCAACAUGCUAGCGCUGGAAGGCGGUACGUGGGCUGAGAACGACAAGCUCCAGCUGCGGGCAGGCGCGGGCUCUGUGCUGAGCGAGAUAUACGCUCAACGACAGGAGGACGUGGCAGCGCAGAUGGCUAUGCCGGGAACUGGUAUGGCGGACCUGGAGGCGAGCUUUCGAUUGGGGGUUCUGCCGGGCGUGGUGGACUUCCAUGAGCGGCUGGCGCGGGACGCCCCGCGGCUGGCUGUGGUAGCCGAGAUAAAACGUGCGUCUCCGUCGCGUGGCAAUAUUAGCGAGGCGCUUGCAGCAGAACAGGCGCUUGCAUAUGCGGAGGCGGGAGUUUCCGCCAUCUCGGUGCUUACCGAGCCGCACUGGUUCAAAGGCAACCUGCAAGACCUAACUAGUGCCAGACGCGCACUUGAGAGACACUACACUGCCGAGACGCGGCCGGCGUUGCUGCGUAAGGACUUCUUAUUUAGUCGUUACCAGAUCUUGGAGGCGCGGCUUGCGGGCGCUGACAGUGUGCUCUUGAUUGUAAAGAUGUUGACGCAGCCGCAGCUCGAGGACCUGUAUCUUUAUGCCACACAGGAGAUGGGGUUAGAGCCGCUUGUGGAGGUCAGCAAUCGCGAGGAGCUCGAUCGUGCCUUGAUGCUAAAGCCGCGCGUUAUUGGCGUUAACAAUCGCGACCUGAACUCCUUCUCGGUCGACCUUGAUACCACCAGCAGUCUUGUUCACCACGUCCCGGCCGGCACGCUGCUGUUGGCACUUUCCGGGAUUAGUGGGCCACAGGAUGCGGCCCGCUAUCGCGAGGAGGGCGUGCAAGGCCUGCUGGUUGGAGAGGCCCUGAUGAGAGCAGACAACGUCGGCGAAUUUGUUCAGAGACUAGUUCAGUGA